UUGACGCCGUCAGCUAUUGCCGAAUGUUGCAGGUCAAGCUGCUCCGAGCGCCAGUUUCGCCAGUGUUUCUACUCGAUACCAACAGCUACCCUGCGCACGUUUAUCACAUAGUUCCGAGCGUUCCGGUCACCAUGGAUACCGUGGAUAAUGUAGAGUUCAACGACGACAGCACGGCGACGGUGGCUGCGAACGAUCUACCGACGGAGGAGCUGAUCAGGAUGAUAGAAAACAAGGAAGUGACCGUCAAGAGCCAUCGCAUCGUGGACACCAUCACGUUGAUCACGGCAGGGGGCGAGUUCCGUCUAACGCUCGAGCGCUCCGGUGACUUGGAACCGGUUGGAAUAAUGCCGAGGACUGGCAACCGAGGAGGGUUAAGUGGCCAAGAUAAACUCCUUCUGUCACUGCUCGGCGGUGGUGGCCACAGCAAGGUGCGAGGCAUCGAACGUCUUAAAAAUUAACCUCUUCGAAGGCCUUCAUCCUAGACGAACGGCACGGACGAACACUCUAAUCUUCAUCUUAAUCCCAACCGAACCGAAAACCCCCCCGGGGGGCGAGAGGUGCCCGGUGACGUCCGUUCGCAAGACAAACAAAUCCAAUUAUAAUUUAUUACAAGAAGCGAUAACGUACAGCACCGUACAGCGCUUCCGGUGGCCAUACGAAAGGAACAGGAUAGGCUUAACCAAUGUCACAUCGUAUCCCCGGAGCUCGUUUCACCCUUCACCUUCAUGCUACUCCCUCACUGACACACACACACACACGGCAAAUGAGCUCGAAAGGCGCCAGGCGCCGGGGAAAACUUCGAAUAAAUAUUGGCCCUUCGAAAGGGAUAAGCGGACGACCAGCGAGACCAGAGGUCCGGAGAUUUCUGUGGAUGGCGACGCUUUUUAACCUUUAUCACCAUCGAAGGCACCCAUGACAUCCGGACGACGACGACGACGACGAUGGAUCUCAUGUGUCAAACUCACCGGUCCCCCAUCGGUCCGAUGUGGCCAAAGGCCUCGGGCUGGCUGGGCAUUACUGGGCCGGAGGGACAAAGUUAAUUGAAUAAAAUUAAUAAUAAUAAAUCUAUU